AUUUCCGGUAAGGAAGUUGUCCGAUCAAAACAAAUGUUAGCUCGUCGUUGAGACAUUUUACAACUUUGAAUGACUUUUCAAACUAUUUGACUUGUAGAGGUUUCGCAGUUACUUGUCAACAAUCUGUGUAUCCAUGGAGACGCCAGAGCCAGGCCCAGCAGAUGGAGAGGAGCGUCUGGUGGAGCUGCGUCCUCGGACACGCUCCAACCCCGAAGGUGCUGAGGACCGUCGCAGCAGUACGGGCAGCCUUGGAGGAAACAGUAACCCCAACAUAUCUCAGCCCGCUGUGGGAAGUCGUGUUGAGGGCGAGGGUGAGGCUUCAACCAGCGACAGUCCUCCCAGUUCCACCACCACAACCGUCUCAGCAGCUGCAGCUCAGACUGUAGCCCCUGUUGCAGUUGCAGCAGCAGCAGCAGCUGCAGCCAGCUCUCCGGUGCCACUAUCCACUGCUUCUGUUGCAGCCAAAGAAAGGCCGAAGCCCACACAGCAGCAGCCCACACUGACAACCCCCAUCCCUCCACCAGCAGAGUACCAGCUCAGAGUCCCUCGUGUCAACUGUCCAGAGAAAGUGAUCAUCUGCUUAGACCUCUCUGAAGAGAUGUCUUUGCCAAAGUUGGAGUCUUUUAAUGGGUCUAAAACGAAUGCCCUGAACAUUUCUCAGAAGAUGAUUGAGAUGUUUGUCAGAACUAAACACAAGAUUGACAAACGCCAUGAGUUUGCCCUUGUAGUAGUCAAUGACGACGCUCUUUGGUUGUCAGGCUUCACCUCUGACCCCAGGGAGCUGUGCAGCUGUCUGUAUGACCUUGAGACGAAUGUGUGUGAGACCUUCAACUUGGAAGAUCUUCUUAAUGUAAUUCGUCAGAAGAUCGAGCUGCCAUCGAUGGACAAUGUUCAGACCAUCCCUCCUCCAUAUGUGGUGCGGACGGUGCUCAUCUAUAGUCGUCAUGCUGGACAGCUUCAGUUCAACCCUUCAGAGACUGUUAGUAAAAUGCUGCAGUCUCCAUAUUUCUUCUUCGAUGUGGUCUACCUACACAACGGGGUGGAGGAGCAGGGGGAUGAGACCAGCUGGAGGGACAACUAUACCUCUUUCUGCAACCUGGACUCAAAGGGCAUGUGCUAUCGCUUUGAGGUUUCCCUGGGCGGCCCCGCCAUCGAGCUGCACAACUGCAUGGCCAAACUUCUUGCUCACCCUUUGCAAAGACCUUUCCAGAGCCACGCGUCUUACAGCCUGCUGGAGGGGGAAGACCCCCAGGACAUUGAGGCAACGGUGUAAAACUGGACACACCCAUAACUCCCUGUUUCUCUGUGAAAUUCACACACUGUAGUUUAUUAGGAAGAGGAAGUGGUUUUCCAAGUACACCUUAGUACCGAGAGUUCUUUCCAUUAUCUGCUGAAGAGCAAUAAUUUGUAGGAAUAUUUGGGAAAACCAGACAUGGUUCUAAAGAGACAUGAAGGUUUCAGCAGGUUUCCAUUAACUCAGUGUUUCGAUAAAAGAAUAAUGAGUCAUCCAUUGUUGUAAGCGGAAGUAAUAAAAUGAUGCGGCUGUUAGCUGUAAACCUACUGGAGCCAUCCUGGGGAUGAGUAAGUGGAAGUCAACAGAGUUCAGGAGCAGGACAGGAGAAGAGGAAGAUUAAGAUCGAAUAAAAAGAAGAUGGUUAAAGCAUCAGGCUUUGUUAAACUCGCUCCCUCACCAUUUGUUUUCUUUCAAAUCAUAGACUGCACUGAUCUGUCUCUAAGUCUUAAAUGGUGAAAUCAAAUUAAGCCUGUGACAGUUUUCUAUAACUGGCCUUUUGACUCUUUGAAGUAAUGAACCGUAACAUGAUGUACUGUAUCACAGAGGUCAGAACGUCUGUAAUAUUGCCUUGCCUUUUUGUUAGUUUCCACUCUUUGUUGCCUGUUUUGAUGUAUUUUCUAUUUUAUAAGGGGUUGAUUUCAAUCUUUAGUUGAUUUGUCACUAUUUUAUGUUACACAGACAAUGAAAGAAUGUACAAUAAUGUACACUGAACAAAAAUUUAAACGCAUAACAUUUGUUUUAACUCCUAUCUUUAAAAGAUUUACGUUAAAUUGCUAAGACAUUUUUGAUCCACUCAGUAUAUUUCUUGAUGUAUUUCUCUCGAGCACUUUAUCCUUUCCAUGAUAAUCCAUCCACCUGACAGGUGUCGCAUAUGAAGAUGCUGGUUAAACAGCAUCCUUACUACACAGGUGUGCCUUGGGAUGGUCACAAUAAAAGGCCACGUUAAAAUUGGAAUCAAUGAAAUCUCCUUGCACAGCCACAGAUCGUCAGGUGCCACUUUAAAAUGUUUAGUUUGAUCACACAACACAAUGUCAAAGAUGUCACAAGUUUUGAGGGUGUGUCAUUGGAAUGCUGACGGCAGGGAUGUCCCUUAGAGCUGUUGCCUGCCAACUGUAUGUUCAUCUUACCAUUAUCAGCUGUCUCCGGUGUUGUAUUCAGUAAUUUGGCAGUACAUCCAACCAGCCUCACAACCACGUACCACAUUAACCACACCAGCUUAGGACCUGCAUAUCCAGCAUCUUCAUCUUCUGGAUAAAGAUGUCUGAUCGUUUGAGACCAGCCACUAAAACAGCUGUUUGCGUAACUGAAGAAUUUCUGCACAAACCGUCAGAAACCGUCUCAAGGAAUCUCAUCUGCAUGCUCAUCAUCCCUGAAAAGGGUCAUGACCUGACAGCGCUUUGUCAUCGUAACUGACUUCUGCAGUUGUGAGGCUGGUUGGAUGUACUGCCAAAUUCACUGAAAAGUUAUUGGAGACAACUUAUAGUAGUGAAAUGAACAGUUCUCAGGUAACAGCUCUGGUGGACAUUCCUGCAGUCAGCAUGCUAAUGUCAUGCUCCCUCAAAACUUGUGACAUCUGUGUUAUGAUGUAGUGGGAUCAAACUGCACAUUUUAGUGUCAUUUUCCUGUGACCAUCCCAAGAUACACCUGAAUGAAGCUGUUUAAUCAGCAUCUUGAUAUGUGACACCUGUCAAGUGGAUGGAUUAUCAUGGAAAGGAGAAGUGCUCACUAACACAAGUUAUGACAAAUUUCUGAAUGAAAUUUGAGAGAAAUUAAUAAAAAAAAGUCUUGGAUCUUUAACUUAAACCUGUAAAAAAUUGGAGCAAACAAACGGAAGUGUCUUUAAGCUUUUGGUCAGUGUAGCAGUGGCUUCUCUUGACUGAUUUCUGUAGCAUCAACGGACUGAUUGUGAAAAAGGCCCCUCAUACUGCCAGUUUAACUGCACUUGAAACACAUUGUACAGAUGAGCUUUUUGAAGCUGUUUCUGGAUAUUAAAAAACGGCAUGUGGAAUCAUA